AACGAAGCUUUUUCUCAUUGAAGGAAAUACAAAAAAUGAAGAGCAGUGACCAUGCAGCCAUUGAUGUCCCAGCUGAGUCAAGCGCCGCUGUGAAAGGCAAAGCGCCUCUCAUCGCAUCUCAAAGGGAGGAAAAGAGAGGGCUCAACAGGGGAUUUGGCAUUGCCGACUUCCUCCUGAGACUCGGAGCCAUAAUUUCAACGAUCACGGCGGCUGCCACCAUGGGAACCAGCGAUGAAACUCUUCCUUUAUUUACUCAGUUCUUCCAGUUCGAAGCUAGUUUUGACGAUCUCCCCACAUUCCUGUAUUUCGUCAUUGCAAUGGCAUUAGUUGGCGGCUAUCUCCUCCUUUCGCUUCCUUUCUCCAUAGUUACUAUUGUUCGUCCUAUUGCAGUUGCACCCAGACUCUUAUUGUUCAUAUUGGACACUGUGACAUUGACUUUUGCCACGGCGGCGAGCGGGGCAGCAGCAGCCAUAGUCUACUUGGCUGAAACUGGAAAUCCAAACACAAACUGGCUGGCCAUCUGCGACCAAUUUGAAGAUUUUUGCUCGAAAGUGAGCGGAGCAGUGGUGGCGUCCUUCGUGACUGUUGUGGUGUUCGUCGUGUUGGUUAUACUGUCUGGUUUUGCACUCAAAAGGCAGUGAAGAAUUAUAACUCUAAUUCUGCAUCUUAAUUUCCUAUGUUUAAACUUUUUUUCUUAAUCUUAAGUAUGUUUCUAAUUGUUAAAA